AACAAGACUUAACAAGCUGAUUAAAUUACUUGUAUGUCGCAUGAUUCUUAUGCGGAAUGAAUUCGCAUAUAAACGGAUUGAACGGGUAACAGAAAUCAGUGUCUCCAUCACAGUGCGUACAGUACAACUACGACAACAUGAAGACAGUAAUUGGAGUUAUUUGCGUCAUAUUAGCGGCACAAUGCGUAACUGCAGCAUGCCCUAGUCUAAAGACCUUCACUACGGAACUGAAGCCGGCUUGUGAUAUAAAAGACAUUUACAUCAAAUGGCCCAAUUAUGCGAAUCAAAGCACUUACUAUACCUGCUUUGGCGUGGGAAAUCCAGUCUUGACACCAUGCCAAAGUGGUAACUAUUUUACUUAUGUAUAUCAACAAUGCAAUGCAUGCAACGAGUAUAUACCGCCUCCGCCAUGUGAAAAUCUCAAAACACAAAAUACUCCCAUUUGCGUUGCAAUUGGUAGUGAUGGUUCUGGUGGUAAUAGUAGCAGCGCAGCAACUACAACAACAAUAGGCUAUCCAACACCAUACUAUCCAAGUACGCAAAGCACAACAACAACAACAAGAACCACAACAAUCAGGACAACAAGGACACCUGCUAAUGCAACUACCACAACAACUACAAGCCCAACUACAAACUCAUCAGGUGUUCCGACCCCACCAAAUGCCAGCACUACAUACCCUGGACCACCAUCUCCAGUAACUUCCGCCCCAAAUGUACCUACACCUCCAACACCAGCAGCAACACCACCAGUGAUUGAUUUAACUCCUCCUGAUGCAUAAGCACCAAAAUUAUUUAAAAUUCAAUAUUAAAAAAAUGUUAAAUCUUGUAUUUUAGAAAGAAAGUAAUAAAUGCUGUCUCAUUUUGAA